CCUGCCUUUCUCUUUCUCUGUCUCUCUCUCUCCUUCACACUGUCUUCCAACACCAUGCGCAAUACCAAACUCUUGGCCGGUUCUUCACACCCUGAACUUGCUGGACUUAUUAGCAAGCGUCUUGGCAUUCCUCUUUCGGAUUGUACCCUGAAGAAGUUCAGUAACCGGGAAACAAGUGUUGAAAUUCAUGUUUCUGUUAGAAAUGAAGACAUUUUCAUUAUUCAGUCUGGUUCUGAAAACAUGAAUGACAAUAUUAUCGAGCUCUGUAUUAUGAUUCAAGCUGCUCGUAUCGGUUCUGGUAAACGUAUUACUGCUGUUCUUCCUUACUUUCCUUACUGUAAACAAAGUAAGCGUAAGGGAAGAACGAGUAUUACGGCUAAACUUGUUGCAAACAUGUUGGCAGUUGCUGGUGUUGAUCAUAUCAUUACCAUGGACCUUCAUGCUUCCCAAAUGCAAGGUUUCUUCCAACGCCCUGUCGAUAACUUAUAUGCUGAACCUGUUAUCGCUCGUUGGAUCAAACAGUCUGUACCAAACUGGCAGAAUGGCGUAAUUGUUUCAAAGAAUGCUGGUGGUGCUAAACGUGUGACCUCUUUGGCUGAUGCCCUUCGUCUUGACUUUGCCUUGAUUCAUAAGGAUCGUUCUCGUAUGGGUCCUCAAGGCCAAAAUCGUCCUUAUAGUGGCAUGCCCAAGUCUGGUGAAGGAGAGUCUACGGUUCGCAUAUAUGAUGAGGAUGAGAGCAAGGAAGACUUGACGGCUUCUAUUUCUUCAUUAAACGAAUCCGGUGGUGAUGUCUUGAAUGCUGCAGUGAGCAUUGUUGCCGAUAAAGAUGGUGAAAGCACGAUUACAUUAGUGGGCGAUGUUAGAGAAAAGAUUGCCUUCUUGACAGAUGACAUUAUUGACAAUGUUGGUACCUUUUUGGAUGCAGCAAAUCAUUUGGUGAAUAAGUGUGGAGCUGACAAAGUGUAUAUCAUUGCCACUCAUGGUGUGUUGAGUGGUAAUGCUAUUCAAAAGAUUGAAGAAUGUGAUAGCGUGUACAAGUUGGUCGUGACCAAUACUUUUCCUAUCCCCAAGGCAAAGAUGGAUCAAUCUUCUAAAUUGAUUGUUAUCGAUAUUUCAUUUACACUUGCUGAGGCAAUUAGAAGAACGCAUAACGGUGAAAGUGUUAGCUAUUUAUUUAAUCAUGCAGAAUAAACAACAGUUUAAACAAUGACACACUCAUAUUUUGAAUAUUCUUUAUUUAGAUCAUAGCAACAGAAUAAAUAUAUAAAAAUAG